GGAGCGGCCCGGGCUCUGGCCAUGUUCUCGGAUGAGGAUUUCUGGAUCGCCCUGUGAAGAGGUCUCCCCGAGAGGGCCCUGCCCAGUCGGAGAGAGGGAUGGACAGCCAGAAGCUGCCUGCUGAAGAUAAAGAUUCAGACCCGGCAGCUGAUGGACUUGCAGCCCCUGAGAAGCCAGGUGCCUCUGAGCCAGACCUUCCCAUCCUGUGUAUCGGGGAGGUCUCUGUACCCAGUUCCGGGAGUUUCAGGCUUCAGAAGCCUCAUGACUGCAGUAGGGGUCCAGCUCGGCGUUGUGCUCUAUGUAACUGUGGGGAGCCCAGUCUGCAUGGGCAGAGGGAGCUGCAGCGCUUUGAAUUGCCAUCUGACUGGCCCGGGUUUCCGGUGGUAUCCUCUGGGGGAAGCUCAGGUCCCUGUGAGGCAGUGCUGCCCAAUGAGGACCCAUCACAAAUUGGUUUCCCUGAGGGUCUUACGCCUGCCCACCUAGGAGAGCCUGGAGGGCACUGCUGGGCACAUCACUGGUGUGCAGCAUGGUCAGCAGGUGUGUGGGGGCAGGACGGCCCAGAACUAUGUGGUGUGGACAAGGCCAUCUUCUCAGGGAUCUCACAGCGCUGCUCCCACUGCACCAGGUUUGGUGCCUCCGUUCCCUGCCGCUCACCUGGAUGUUCACGGCUUUACCACUUUCCCUGUGCGACUGCCAGUGGUUCCUUCUUAUCCAUGACAACACUGCAGCUGUUCUGCCCAGAGCACAGUGAUGGAGCUGCACAUUUGGAGGAGGCUCGCUGUGCAGUAUGUGAGGGGCCAGGGGAGCUGUGUGACUUGUUCUUCUGUACCAGCUGUGGGCAUCACUAUCAUGGAGCCUGUCUGGACACUGCUCUGACUGCCCGCAAGCGUGCCGGUUGGCAGUGCCCUGAGUGCAAAGUGUGCCAAGCCUGCAGGAAACCUGGGAAUGAUUCUAAAAUGUUGGUCUGUGAGACGUGUGACAAAGGAUAUCAUACCUUCUGCUUAAAACCCCCCAUUGAGGACCUGCCUGCUCACUCAUGGAAAUGCAAAACAUGCCGGAUAUGUCGGGCCUGUGGGGCCGGCUCAGCAGAAUUGAAUCCCAACUCUGAGUGGUUUGAGAACUAUUCACUCUGUCACCGCUGUCAUAAAGCCCAGGGAAGCCAGCCUGUCAUUUCUGUUGCUGAACAGCACCCAGCUGUCUGUAGCAGGUUUUCACCCCCAGAGCCUGGUGAGAUCCCCACUGAUGCGCCUGAUGCUCUGUACGUCGCAUGCCAAGGGCAGCCAAAGGGGGGGCACGUGACCUCUAUGCAACCCAAGGAACCGGGGCCCCUGCAAUGUGAAGCCAAACCACUAGGGAGAGCAGGGACCCAACUUGAAGGCCAGUUGGAGGCUCCCCUAAAUGAGGAGAUGCCACUGCUGCCCCCGCCUGAGGAGUCACCUCUGUCUCCACCACCUGAAGAAUCACCCACAUCUCCACCACCUGAGGCCUCUCGCCUGUCCCCACCAACUGAAGAGUCACCCCUUUCUCCACCACCUGAGUCAUCACCUUUUUCUCCACUGGAGGGGUCUCCCCCAUGUCCUGCACUAGACACACCCCUGUCUCCACCGCCUGAAGCCUCACCCCUAUCUCCACCAUUUGAGGAGUCUCCUCUCUCCCCCCCACCAGAGGAAUUGCCCUCUUCUCCGCCACCUGAAGCGUCUCGCCUAUCUCCUCCACCAGAAGAGUCGCCCAUGUCCCCUCCACCAGAAGAGUCACCUAUGUCCCCUCCACCUGAGGCAUCUCGUCUUUUUCCACCAUUUGAAGAGUCUCCCCUAUCUCCUCCACCUGAGGACUCUCCUCUGUCCCCACCUCCAGAGGCAUCACGGCUGUCCCCACCCCCUGAGGACUCCCCCAUGUCUCCCCCACCUGAAGACUCCCCUAUGUCCCCCCCACCUGAGGUAUCACGCUUCUUGCCCAUGCCUGUCCUGUCACAUCUGUCGCCUCUGCCUGAGGUAUCACGACUCUCCCCACCACCUGAGGAAUCUCCCCUGUCCCCACCACCCGAAGACUCUCCCACUUCACCUCCACCUGAAGCUUCCCGAGUGUCCCCACCACCUGAGGACUCUCCCGCCUCACCUCCACCUGAAGCUUCUCGACUAUCCCCUCCCCGUGAAGACUCACCUGCUUCACCUCCACCUGAGGACUCACUCAUGUCCCUUCCGAUGGAAGAGUCACCCUUGUCGCCACUGCCUGAGGAGCUGAGACUCUGCCCUCAGCCUGAGGAACCGUACCUGUCUCCUAAGCCUGAAGAGCCUCGACUCUGUCCCCAGCCUGGGGAGCUACUGCUGUCCCCACAGUCUGAGGAGCCAUGCCUGUCCCCUGUGCUUGCAGAGCCACACCCAUCUUCUCAGCCUGAGGAGCUACGCUUGUCCCCUGUGCCUCGGGAACCACCCCUGUCCCCUCCGCCUGAGGAACCACUCCUGUCCCCUCAGCCUAAGCAGAUGCACCUGUCUCCCCAAUCUGAGGAGCCCUGCCUGUCCCCCAUGCCUGAGGAGCCAUGCCUGUCCCCCAUGCCCGAGGAGCUACAUCAAUCUCCUCCGCCUGAGCCUCCUGAGGAACCAAGCCAGUGCCCUGCACCUAAGGAGCUGUCCUUGUUUCCCCCAUGUGGGGAACCACCUUUAUCCCCCAUGCUUGGAGAGCCAGCCCUGUCUGAGCCUGGGGAACCACCUCUGUCCCCACUUCCUGAGGAACUGCCCUUGUCCCUGUCGGAGCCAGUCUUGUCACCUCAGCUGAUGCCACCAGAUCCUCUUCCUCCUCCGCUCUCACCCAUUAUCCCAGCUGCAGCCCCUCCAGCCUUGUCUCCUUUGGGGGAGUUAGAGUACCCCUUUGGUGCCAAAGGGGACAGUGACCCCGAGUCACCAUUGGCUGCCCCCAUCCUCGAGACACCUAUCAGCCCUCCACCGGAAGCCAACUGCACUGACCCUGAGCCUGUACCCCCAAUGAUUCUCCCCCCAUCUCCAGGCUCCCCUAUGGGACCUGCUUCUCCGAUCCUGAUGGAGCCCCUCCCUCCGCCCUGCUCUCCGCUCCUUCAGCACUCCUUACCUCCUCCAACCCCUCCUCCUUCCCACUGCUCACCUCCUGCUCUGCCGCUCGCUGUUCCCUCCCCACUGAGUCCUGUGCAGAAGGCAGUGGAUGUCUCUGAUGAAGCUGAGCUGCAGGAGAUGGACACUGAAAAAGGUUCAGAACCUGAGUGCCCAGCCUUGGAACCCAGGGCCACCAGUCCUCUGCCAUCCCCUAUGGGGGACCUUUCUUGCCCUGCCCCCAGCCCUGCCCCAGCCCUGGAUGACUUCUCUGGCUUGGGAGAAGACACAGCCCCUCUAGAUGGGACUGAUGCUAAUCCUUCACAGUCACGGACUGGACAGAUCUCUGGCAGUUUGGCUAGUGAACUUAAAGGUUCUCCUGUGCUCCUGGACCCCGAGGAGCUGAUCCCUGUGACCCCUAUGGAGGUCUAUGGCCCAGAAUGCAAGCAGGCAGGGCAGGGCUCACCCUGUGAAGAGCAGGAGGAGCCUGGUGCACCAAUGGCCGCCAUGCCCCCCACUCUCAUCAAAUCUGAUAUUGUCAAUGAGAUCUCUAAUCUGAGCCAGGGUGAUGCCAGUGCCAGUUUCCCUGGUUCAGAGCCCCUGCUGGGUUCACCUGACCCUGAGGGGGGUGGCUCCCUGUCCAUGGAGCUGGGAGUAUCUACGGAUGUUAGUCCAGCUCGAGAUGAGGGCUCCCUGCGCCUCUGCACUGACUCGCUGCCAGAGACUGAUGACUCCCUGCUGUGUGACACUGGCACAGCAACCAGUGGAGGCAAAGCUGAGGGGGACAAAGGGCGGCGGCGCAGUUCGCCUGCCAGGUCCCGAAUCAAACAGGGUCGGAGCAGCAGUUUCCCAGGGCGACGCCGGCCUCGUGGAGGAGCAGCACACGGAGGACGAGGGAGAGGACGGGCUCGGCUGAAGUCAACCACUUCUUCCAUUGAGACACUGGUAGUGGCUGAUAUUGAUAGUUCUCCUAGCAAGGAGGAGGAGGAGGAAGACGACGACACCAUGCAAAAUACUGUGGUUCUCUUCUCUAACACAGACAAAUUUGUUCUAAUGCAGGACAUGUGUGUGGUGUGUGGCAGCUUUGGCCGGGGUGCCGAGGGCCACCUCUUGGCCUGUUCUCAGUGUUCUCAGUGCUAUCACCCGUACUGUGUCAACAGCAAGAUCACCAGGGUGAUGCUGCUGAAGGGCUGGCGUUGUGUGGAGUGUAUUGUGUGUGAGGUAUGCGGCCAGGCCUCCGACCCUUCACGCCUGCUGCUCUGUGAUGACUGUGACAUUAGCUACCACACAUACUGCCUGGAUCCCCCGCUGCUCACCGUGCCCAAGGGUGGCUGGAAGUGCAAGUGGUGUGUGUCGUGUAUGCAGUGUGGGGCCGCCUCCCCUGGCUUCCACUGUGAAUGGCAGAAUAGUUACACACAUUGCGGGCCAUGUGCCAGCCUGGUGACCUGUCCUAUUUGUCACGCUCCCUAUGUGGAGGAAGACCUGCUAAUCCAGUGUCGCCACUGUGAACGGUGGAUGCAUGCUGGCUGUGAGAGUCUCUUCACAGAAGAUGAAGUGGAGCAGGCUGCCGAUGAGGGCUUUGACUGUGUCUCCUGCCAGCCCUACGUGGUAAAGCCUGUGGUACCUGUUGCCCCACCAGAGUUGGUACCUAUGAAGGUAAAAGAGCCAGAGCCCCAGUUCUUUCGCUUCGAGGGUGUGUGGCUGACAGAAACUGGCAUGGCGGUGCUGCGUAACCUGACCAUGUCACCACUGCACAAGCGGCGCCAGCGGCGAGGACGGCUAGGCCUCCCAGGCGAGGCAGGGCUGGAGGGUUCUGAGCCCUCAGAUGCCCUUGGCCCUGAUGACAAGAAGGAUGGGGACCUGGACACUGACGAGCUGCUCAAGGGUGAAGGUGGUGUUGAGCAAAUGGAGUGUGAAAUUAAGCUAGAAGGCCCCGCCAGCCCUGAUGUAGAACUUGGCAAAGAAGAGACAGAGGAAAGCAAAAAGCGCAAGCGCAAACCCUAUCGGCCGGGCAUUGGUGGUUUCAUGGUACGACAGCGCAAGUCUCAUAGCCGUGUGAAAAGGGGGCCUGCUGCACAGGCGGAGGUGUUGAGUGGGGAUGGGCAGCCCGACGAGGGUGAGACGGUGAUGCCUGCUGACCUGCCUGCCGAGGGCUCUGUGGAACAGAGCCUUGUUGAGGGGGACGAAAAGAAGAAGCAACAGCGACGAGCGCGCAAAAAGAGCAAGCUGGAGGACAUGUUCCCUGCUUACCUGCAGGAAGCCUUCUUUGGAAAGGAACUGCUGGACCUGAGUCGGAAGGCCCUGUUUGCAGUUGGGGUGGGCCGGCCAGGCCUCGGGCUGGGAACCUCAAAACCCCGGGGGGAUGGAGGUUCAGAUAGGAAGGAACUUAUGACAGCCUUGCACAAAGGAGAUGAUGGUCCAGAUGUUGCAGACGAGGAGUCCCAUGGGCCUGAGGGCACAGCUGAUGUACCAGGGCUUGAGGAUGGGCGUGUAAAGACAUCCCCAGUGCCCAGUGACCCUGAGAAGCCAGGCACCCCAGGGGAAGGAGUGCUUAGCUCUGACUUAGACAGGAUUCCCACAGAAGAACUGCCCAAAAUGGAGUCCAAGGACCUGCAGCAGCUUUUUAAGGAUGUCCUGGGCUCAGAACGAGAACAGCAUUUGGGUUGUGGCACUCCUGGCCUAGAAGGCAGCCGUACACCACUGCAGAGGCCCUUUCUCCAAGGUGGACUCGCUUUGGGCAGUCUCCCCUCCAGUAGCCCGAUGGAUUCCUACCCAGGCCUCUGCCAGUCCCCUUUCUUGGAUUCUAGGGAGCGCGGGGGCUUCUUUAGCCCAGAACCCGGUGAGCCAGACAGCCCUUGGACAGGCUCAGGGGGCACCACACCCUCUACCCCGACCACGCCUACCACAGAGGGCGAGGGCGACGGGCUGUCCUAUAACCAGCGGAGUCUACAGCGUUGGGAAAAAGAUGAGGAACUGGGCCAGCUCUCCACUAUUUCACCUGUACUCUAUGCCAACAUUAACUUUCCUAAUCUCAAGCAAGACUACCCAGACUGGUCUAGCCGAUGUAAACAAAUCAUGAAGCUCUGGAGAAAGGUUCCAGCCACCGACAAAGCCCCCUACCUGCAAAAGGCCAAAGAUAACCGGGCUGCUCACCGCAUCAACAAGGUGCAAAAGCAGGCUGAGAGCCAGAUCAGCAAGCAAGCCAAGAUGGGCGACAUAGCCCGUAAGACUGAUCGACCAGCCCUCCAUCUCCGCAUUCCCUCCCAGCCAGGGGCAUUGGGCAGUCCGCCCCCUGCCGCGGCCCCCACCAUUUUCCUUGGCAGCCCCACCACCCCUGCUGGCUUGUCUACCUCUGCGGACGGGUUCUUGAAGCCACCAGCGGGCACAGUACCCGGCCCUGACUCACCUGGUGAGCUCUUCCUCAAGCUCCCGCCCCAGGUGCCCGCCCAAGUGCCUUCGCAGGACCCCUUUGGACUGGCCCCUGCCUACGCCCCGGAGCCCCGCUUCUCUGCGGCACCACCCACUUAUCCUCCUUACCCAAGCCCUACUGGAGCCCCUGUCCAGCCUCCCGUGCUGGGUACCACAACUCGACCUGGGACUGGCCAGCCAGGGGAAUUUCAUACUACUCCACCGGGUACCCCCAGACACCAGCCUUCUACGCCUGACCCCUUCCUCAAACCUCGCUGCCCCUCAUUGGACAACCUGGCUGUGCCUGAGAGCCCAGGGGUAGUAGGAGGCAAGGCUUCCGAGCCUCUGCUCUCACCCCAACCUUUUGGGGAGUCCCGAAAGUCCCUGGAAGUGAAGAAGGAAGAGCUUGGGGCAUCCUCUCCUGGCUAUGGUCCCCCAAACCUGGGCUGUGUUGACUCACCCUCUUCAGGCCCCCACCUGGGUGGCCUGGAGUUAAAGGCACCUGAUGUCUUCAAAGCUCCCCUAACCCCUCGGGCAUCUCAGGUAGAGCCCCAGAGCCCGGGCCUGGGCCUACGGGCCCAGGAGCCACCCCCUGCCCAGGCUUUGGCCCCUUCUCCUCCCAGCCACCCAGAUGUCUUUCGUCCAGGCCCAUACCCCGACCCCUAUGCCCAGCCCCCAUUGACUCCUCGGCCCCAGCCACCACCCCCUGAGAGCUGCUGUGCCCCACCUCCCCGAUCACUGCCCUCUGAUCCUUUCUCCAGAGUGCCCGCUAGUCCCCAGUCCCAGUCCAGUUCUCAGUCCCCACUGACCCCACGUCCUCUGUCGGCUGAGGCGUUCUGUCCAUCCCCUGUUACCCCUCGCUUCCAGUCUCCUGACCCUUAUUCUCGUCCACCCUCACGCCCUCAGUCCCGUGAUCCCUUUGCCCCGUUGCAUAAGCCACCCCGGCCCCAGCCCCCUGAAGUUGCCUUUAAGGCUGGGCCCCUAGCCCACACUCCGCUGGGAGCUGGGGGCUUCCCAGCGGCCCUGCCCUCUGGCCCAGCAGGUGAGCUCCAUGCCAAGGUCCCAAGUGGGCAGCCCACUAAUUUUGCCCGUUCUCCUGGGACGGGCGCAUUUGUGGGCACCCCAUCUCCCAUGCGGUUCACUUUCCCACAGGGGGUAGGGGAGCCUUCCCUAAAACCCCCUGUCCCUCAGCCUGGUCUCCCUUCACCCCAUGGGAUCAACAGCCAUUUUGGGCCUGGCCCCACUUUGGGCAAGCCUCAAAGCACAAACUACACCGUAGCCACGGGGAACUUUCACCCAUCAGGCAGUCCUCUGGGGCCCAGCAGUGGGCCCACAGGGGAGGGCUAUGGGCUGUCCCCACUACGCCCCGCAUCAGUUCUGCCACCUCCCACACCUGAUGGAUCCCUCCCCUACUUGUCGCAUGGAGCCUCACAAAGGGUAGGCAUCACCUCUCCAGUGGAAAAGAGAGAAGACCCAGGAGCCACAGUGAGUAGUAGCUCUUUGGCGACAGCUGAACUCUCAAGUGCCCAGGAUGCAGGCAUGUCUAGCCUCAGCCAGACAGAGCUGGAGAAGCAACGGCAGCGCCAGCGACUACGGGAACUGCUGAUUCGGCAGCAGAUCCAGCGGAACACCCUGCGGCAGGAGAAGGAAACAGCUGCAGCAGCUGCAGGUGCAGUCGGGCCUCCAGGCAACUGGGGUGCUGAACCCAGCAGCCCUGCCUUUGAACAGCUGAGCCGAGGCCAGCCCCCUCUUACUGGGCCUCAGGAUAGGAGCAGCAUUGUGGGGCUGCCCUCAAGCAAGCUUGGUGGUCCUGUGCUGGGACCAGGGGCCUUCUCCAGCGAUGAUCGACUCUCCCGGCCGCUUCCACCAGCCACUCCUUCCAUGGACAUAAACAGCAGGCAACUUGUUGGAGGCUCCCAGGCCUUCUAUCAGCGAACACCCUAUCCUGGGUCCCUGCCCUUACAGCAGCAGCAGCAACAACUGUGGCAGCAGCAGCAGCAGCAGCAGCAGCAGCAGCAGCAGCAGCAGCAGCAGCAGGUGGCAGCAGCAGCAACCUCCAUGAGACUUGCCAUGUCUGCUCGAUUCUCAUCAACUCCUGGACCUGAACUUGGCCGCCAAGCACUCGGUUCCCCCUUGGCAGGAAUUCCCACCCGCCUUCCAGGCCCUGCCGAGCCAGUUCCUGGUUCAGCUGGUCCUGCUCAGUUCAUUGAGUUGCGACAUAAUGUACAGAAAGGACUUGGACCUGGGGUAUCUCCGUUUCCUGGUCAAGGUCCCCUUCAGAGGCCCCGUUUUUACCCAGUAAGCGAGGAACCCCAUCGACUGGCUCCUGAAGGUCUUCGGGGCCUGGCUGUUUCAGGCCUUCCCCCACAAAAGCCCUCAGCUCCGCCAGCCCCUGAGUUGAACAACAGCCUCCAUCAGACACCCCAUACCAAGGGUCCUGCCUUACCAGCUGGCUUGGAGCUGGUCAGUCGUCCACCAUCAAGCACUGAACUUAGUCGUCCCCCUCUGGCCUUGGAGGCUGGGAAGUUGCCUUGUGAGGAUCCUGAGCUGGACGAUGACUUUGAUGCCCACAAGGCCCUAGAGGAUGAUGAAGAGCUUGCUCACUUGGGUCUGGGUGUGGAUGUGGCCAAGGGCGAUGAUGAGUUGGGUACCCUGGGAAACCUGGAGACAAACGAUCCCCACCUGGAUGACCUCCUCAAUGGAGAUGAAUUUGACCUGCUAGCGUAUACUGACCCUGAGCUUGAUACUGGGGAUAAGAAGGACAUCUUUAAUGAGCACCUAAGGCUGGUGGAGUCAGCAAAUGAGAAGGCUGAGCGAGAAGCCCUGCUGCGGGGGGUGGAGCCAGCAUCCUUGGGCCCUGAGGACCGUCCUCCACCUGCCCCAGAUAACUCAGAGCCUCGCUUAACAUCUGUGCUCCCUGAGGUGAAGCCCAAAGUGGAGGAGGGAGGACGCCAUCCUUCCCCUUGCCAGUUCACCAUGAAUACCCCCAAGGUGGAGCCAGCUCCUCCUGCCACUCCCCUAACCCUGGGUCUGAAGCCAGGGCAGACUGUGAUGGGCGGCCGGGACACUCGAGGAGGAGUAGGUACAGGACCGUUCCCUAGCAGUGGGCACACAGCUGAGAAGGGCCCAUUUGGGGCCACAGGAGGAACACCAGCACACUUGCUGAACCCCAGCUCACUGAGUGGCUCAGCUGGAUCUUCUCUUCUGGAAAAGUUUGAGCUAGAAAGUGGGGCCCUAACCUUACCCAGUGGCCAUGCAGCCCCUGGGGAUGAGCUGGACAAGAUGGAGAGCUCAUUGGUAGCCAGCGAACUGCCGCUGCUCAUUGAGGACCUACUAGAGCACGAGAAGAAGGAACUGCAGAAGAAACAGCAGCUUUCAGCACAGACUGCGCUGCCAGCCCAGCAACAACAGCAACAGCAGCAGCAGCAGCAGCACUCCCUCCUUCCCACACCGGGCCCUGCCCAGCCACUGCCUUUGCCACAUGAGCCUGGACCGCCCCAGCAGCUUGCUCUGGGUCUUGGGAGUACCCGACAGCCAGGCUUGGGCCCGUCAGUGAUGCCGGCCCAGUCACCAGCUCAUGCCCUUCAGCAGCGUCUGGCUAUGGUGUCUAACCAAGGGCAUAUGCUAAGUGGGCAGCCAGCUGGGCAGACAGGCCUGGUGCCCCAGCAGAGCUCACAGCCAGUGUUAGCACAGAAGCCCAUGAACUCCAUGCCAGCGUCCAUGUGCAUGAAGCCCCAGCAGCUGGCGAUGCAGCAGCAGCAGCUGGCUAACAGUUUCUUCCCAGACACAGACCUGGACAAAUUUGCUGCAGAAGACAUCAUUGAUCCUAUUGCAAAGGCCAAGAUGGUAGCUUUGAAAGGCAUCAAGAAAGUGAUGGCUCAGGGCAGCAUUGGGGUGGCACCUGGUAUAAACAGGCAGCAAGUGUCACUGCUGGCUCAGAGGCUCUCCGGGGGGUCUGGCAGUGAUCUUCAGAACCAUGUGGCACCUGGGAGUGGCCAGGAACGGAAUGCUAGUGACCCUUCCCAGCCUCGUCCCAACCCACCCACUUUUGCCCAGGGAGUGAUCAAUGAGGCUGACCAGCGGCAGUAUGAAGAAUGGCUGUUCCACACCCAGCAGCUCCUACAGAUGCAGCUGAAGGUGCUAGAAGAGCAGAUCGGUGUGCACCGCAAGUCUCGGAAGGCUCUGUGUGCCAAGCAGCGCACUGCCAAAAAGGCCGGCCGCGAGUUCCCAGAAGCCGAUGCUGAGAAGCUCAAGCUGGUCACAGAGCAGCAGAGCAAGAUCCAGAAGCAGCUGGACCAGGUCCGGAAACAGCAGAAAGAGCACACAAAUCUCAUGGCAGAAUAUCGGAACAAACAGCAGCAACAGCAGCAGCAGCAGCAGCAGCACUCAGCUGUACUGGCUGUCAGCUCUUCUCAGAAUCCUCGGGUCCUCACCAAGCUCCCUGGCCAUGGGUUACAGCCACCACAGGCACCUCCGGGUGGGCAAGCUGGAGGGCUUCGUCUGCCUCCAGGGGGUAUGGUACUACCCGGACAGUCUGGUGGUCCAUUCCUCAAUACUGCCUUGGCCCAGCAGCAGCAGCAGCAGCAGCAGCAGCAGCAGCAGCAGCAGCAGCAGCAGCAGCAGCAGCAGCAGCAGCAGCAGCAGCAGCAGCAGCAUUCUGGUGUGGCUGGAUCCUUGACUGGCCCCUCAGGGAGCUUCUUCCCUGGCAAUCUUGCUCUCCGAAGCCUUGGACCUGACUCGAGGCUUUUACAGGAAAGGCAGCAACAGCUGCAGCAGCAACGAAUGCAGCUGGCUCAGAAACUGCAGCAGCAGCAGCAGCAGCAGCAGCAGCAGCACCUCUUAGGGCAGGUGGCAAUCCAACAACAACAACAGGGUCCCGGAGUACAGAACCAGGCUCUGGGUCCUAAGCCUCAGGGCCUUCUGCCUCCCAGCAACCACCAGGGCCUCCUGGUUCAACAGUUGUCCCCCCAGCAAUCACAGGGGCCCCAGGGCAUGCUGGGUCCUGCCCAGGUGGCAGUGCAGCAGCAGCACUCUGGAGCUUUGGGUCCUCAGGGCCCUCACAGACAGGUGCUCAUGACUCAGUCCAGGGUGCUGAGCUCCCCUCAGCUGGCACAGCAGGGUCACAGCCUUAUGGGACACCGGCUGCUCACAGCCCAGCAGCAGCAGCAACAACAGCAGCAGCAGCAGCAGCAGCAGCAGCAGCAGCAGGGAUCUAUGACGGGGCUUUCCCAACUUCAGCAAGGAAUGAUGUCACAUAGUGGACAGCCCAAAAUGAGUGCUCAGGCCUUGGGUUCUUUACAACAGCAGCAGCAGCAACAGAUGCAACAGCAACAGAUACAACAGCAACAGAUGCAACAGCAACAGAUGCAACAGCAACAGAUGCAACAGCAACAGAUGCAACAGCUGCAGCAGCAGCAACAACAGCAACAGCUGCUACAGCAGCAACAGCUGCACUUGCAGCAGCAGCUGCACCAGCAACAACAGCUGCAGCAGCAGCAGCUGGGCCUCUUGAACCAGAAUCGAACUUUAUUAUCUCCGCAGCAGCAGCAGCAGCAGCAGCAGCAGCAGCAGCAGCAGCAGCAGCAGCAGCAGCAGCAGCAGCAGCAAGUGACACUUGGCCCUGGCAUGCCAGUCAAGCCUCUUCAACACUUUUCUAGCCCUGGAGCCCUAGGCCCAACCUCCCUCCUGGCAGGCAAGGAGCAAAACAUUGCAGAGACAGCGCUUCCUUCAGAGGUCACUGAGGGACCCUCAACACAUCAAGGAGGGCCACCAGCAGUGGGCACUACACCUGAGCCAAUGUCUGUUGACCCAGGGGAGGUAAAGCCCUCUGUUUCUGGAGACUCACAACUCCUACUUGUCCAGUCCCAGGCCCAACCUCAGCCCACCUCAGUGCAGCUCCAGCCGCCGCUCAGGCUCCCAGGACAGCCCCAGCAGCAGGUGAACUUGCUUCCCAUGGCAGGUGGAGGAAGCCAUGGGCAGCAGCUAGGGAGUGGAUCCUCCUCUGAGGCCCCAUCUGUACCCCACCUGCUGGCCCAACCCUCUGUUGCCUUGGGGGAGCAGCCUGGACCUAUGGCCCAGAAUCUUCUGGGCUCCCAACAGCCCCUUGGGCUAGAUCGACCCAUUCAGAAUAACACAGGGUCACAGCCUUCCAAAUCGGGACCUACUCCUCAGUCUGGACAGGGUCCUCCUGGAGUUGGAGUCAUGCCUACAGUGGGUCAACUUCGAGCACAGCUCCAAGGAGUCCUGGCCAAAAACCCGCAGCUACGGCACCUGAGCCCACAGCAGCAGCAGCAGCUACAGGCACUCCUCAUGCAACGGCAGCUGCAGCAGAGUCAGGCAGUACGCCAGACUCCACCGUUCCAGGAACUGGGGACCCAACCCUCUCCCCUCCAGGGCCUCCUAGGCUGUCAACCUCAACCUGGGGGUUUUUCUGCAUCUCAGACAGGACCCCUCCAGGAGCUAGGGGCAGGGUCUCGACCUCAGGGCCCACCCCGGCUCCCUGUCCCACAAGGAGCCUUAUCUACAGGACCAGUGCUUGGCCCUGUCCAUCCCACACCUCCACCUUCCAGUCCCCAAGAGCCAAAGAGACCUUCACAAUUACCUUCCCCCAGUGCCCAGCUAACCCCAACCCAUCCAGGGACUCCAAAGCCCCAGGGGCCAGCCUUGGAGCUGCCUCCUGGGAGGGUCUCACCUGCUGCUGCCCAGCUUGCAGAUACUUUCUUUGGCAAGGGGCUAGGACCUUGGGACCCCUCAGACAACGUUACAGAAGCCCAGAAGCCAGAGCAGAGCAGCCUGGUACCCGGGCAUCUGGAGCAGGUGAACGGACAGGUGGUACAUGAGCCAUCUCAACUCAGCAUCAAACAGGAGCCUCGGGAAGAGCCAUGUGUCCUGGGUGCACAGACAGUGAAAAGGGAGGCCAAUGGGGAGCCAACUGGGGCACCAGGCACCAGCAACCACCUCCUGCUAGCAGGCUCCCGCUCAGAGGCUGGGCAUCUGCUCUUGCAGAAGCUUCUACGGGCAAAGAAUGUGCAACUUGGUGCUGGGCGGGGUCCUGAGGGCCUUCGAGCUGAGAUCAAUGGACACAUUGACAGCAAACUGUCAGGGCUGGAGCAGAAGCUACAGGGUACUUCCAGCAACAAAGAGGACGCAGCCGCGAGAAAGCCUCUGCCAGUGAAGCCCAAGCGGGUGCAGAAGACAAGUGACAGAUUGGCGAGCUCCCGGAAGAAGCUGCGGAAAGAAGAUGGCGUCAGGGCCAAUGAGGCAUUAUUGAAACAGCUAAAACAGGAACUGUCCCAGCUGCCGCUGACGGAGCCUACCAUCACCGCCAAUUUUAGCCUCUUUGCUCCCUUUGGCAGUGGCUGCCUAGUCAGUGGGCAGAGCCAGCUCAGGGGGGCCUUUGGAAGUGGGGCUCUGCACACCAGCCCUGACUACUAUUCUCAGCUGCUCACCAAGAAUAACCUGAGUAACCCGCCGACACCACCCUCGUCGCUGCCCCCCACCCCACCCCCAUCGGUGCAGCAGAAGAUGGUGAAUGGUGUUACUCCCUCUGACGAGCUGGGGGAGCACCCCAAGGAUGCAGCCUCUGCCCAGGACAGUGAAGGAACACUGAGAGAUACUGCAGAAGUGAAGAGUUUAGACCUGCUGGCCGCUCUGCCUACACCCCCUCACAAUCAGACUGAGGAUGUCAGGAUGGAGAGUGAUGAGGACAGCGAUUCUCCUGACAGCAUUGUGCCAGCUUCUUCCCCUGAGAGCAUCCUUGGGGAAGAGGCCCCGCGUUUCCCUCAGCUGGGCUCUGGCCGGUGGGAGCAGGACAGCCGGGCCCUGUCUCCUGUCAUCCCCAUCAUCCCUCGAACCAGCAUCCCUGUCUUCCCAGAUACCAAACCUUAUGGGGUCCUUGACCUGGAGGUCCCUGGAAAGCUGCCUGCUACAGCGUGGGAGAAGGGCAAGGGGAGUGAGGUGUCAGUCAUGCUCACAGUCUCUGCUGCUGCCGCCAAGAACCUAAAUGGCGUGAUGGUGGCAGUGGCUGAGCUGCUAAGCAUGAAGAUCCCCAACUCCUAUGAGGUGCUGUUCCCAGACGGCCCUGCCCGGGCUGGCCUCGAACCCAAGAAGGGGGAAGCUGAGGGUUCUGGUGGGAAAGAAAAAGGUUUGAGUGGCAAGGGCCCAGACACUGGACCUGAUUGGCUGAAGCAGUUUGAUGCAGUGCUGCCUGGCUAUACCCUCAAGAGCCAGUUAGACAUCUUGAGCCUCUUGAAGCAGGAGAGCCCUGCCCCAGAGCCAUCCACCCAGCACACGUACACCUACAAUGUCUCUAACCUGGAUGUGAGGCAGCUCUCCGCCCCACCUCCUGAGGAACCUUCCCCACCUCCAUCCCCUUUGGCACCUUCUCCUGCUAGUCCUCCCGCUGAGCCCAUGGUUGAACUUCAGGCUGAACUGCCUGCUGAGCCACCCAUCCCUUCACCUCUACCACUGGCUUCAUCCCCUGAAUCUGCCCGCCCCAAACCCCGAGCCCGGCCCCCUGAAGAGAGCGAAGAUUCCCGUCCCCCACGCCUCAAAAAGUGGAAAGGGGUACGCUGGAAGCGGCUGCGGCUCCUGCUGACCAUUCAGAAGGGCAGUUGUCGUCAAGAGGAUGAACGGGAGGUGGCAGAGUUUAUGGAGCAGUUUGGUACAGCUUUGAGACCAAGCAAGGUGCCUCGAGACAAUCGCAGAUGCUGCUUCUGUCACGAAGAGGGAGACGGGGCCACUGACGGCCCCGCCCGCCUGCUCAACCUUGACUUGGACCUCUGGGUGCACCUCAAUUGUGCCCUGUGGUCCACGGAAGUAUAUGAGACCCAGGGUGGGGCACUGAUGAAUGUGGAGGUUGCCUUGCACCGAGGAUUGCUAACCAAGUGCUCUCUGUGCCAGCGAACUGGUGCCACUAGCAGCUGCAACCGCAUGCGUUGCCCCAGCGUCUACCAUUUUGCCUGUGCCAUCCGCGCUAAGUGCAUGUUCUUCAAGGACAAGACCAUGCUGUGUCCAAUGCACAAGAUCAAGGGCCCCUGUGAGCAGGAGCUAAGCUCCUUCGCUGUCUUCCGGAGGGUCUACAUUGAACGGGAUGAGGUGAAGCAGAUUGCCAGCAUCAUCCAGCGGGGAGAGCGGCUGCACAUGUUCCGAGUAGGAGGGCUUGUGUUUCAUGCCAUUGGACAGCUGCUCCCACACCAGAUGGCUGACUUCCACAGUGCCACUGCCCUCUAUCCUGUGGGCUACGAGGCCACUCGCAUCUACUGGAGUCUUCGUACUAACAAUCGUCGCUGCUGCUACCGCUGUUCCAUCAGUGAGAAUAAUGGACGGCCUGAGUUUGUGAUCAAAGUCAUCGAACAGGGUUUAGAGGAUCUGGUCUUCACCGAUGCAUCUCCCCAAGCUGUGUGGAACCGCAUCAUUGAGCCUGUGGCUGCCAUGAGAAAAGAGGCCGACAUGCUGAGACUCUUCCCUGAGUACCUGAAAGGCGAAGAGCUCUUUGGGCUGACGGUACAUGCUGUGCUCCGCAUAGCUGAGUCGCUCCCUGGGGUGGAGAGCUGUCAGAACUAUUUAUUCCGCUAUGGGCGCCACCCCUUGAUGGAACUACCACUCAUGAUCAACCCCACCGGCUGUGCCAGAUCAGAACCGAAAAUCCUCACACACUACAAACGGCCCCAUACCUUGAACAGCACCAGCAUGUCUAAGGCGUAUCAGAGCACCUUCACAGGCGAGACCAACACCCCGUACAGCAAGCAGUUUGUGCACUCCAAGUCGUCUCAGUACCGGCGCCUGCGCACUGAGUGGAAGAACAAUGUUUACCUGGCUCGCUCACGGAUCCAGGGCCUAGGGCUCUAUGCAGCCAAGGACCUAGAGAAGCACACGAUGGUCAUCGAGUACAUUGGCACCAUCAUUCGCAAUGAGGUGGCCAAUCGGCGGGAGAAGAUCUACGAGGAGCAGAACCGAGGCAUUUACAUGUUUCGGAUAAACAAUGAGCAUGUGAUUGACGCCACGCUGACCGGAGGCCCUGCCAGGUACAUUAACCACUCCUGUGCCCCUAACUGUGUAGCAGAGGUGGUGACAUUUGACAAGGAGGACAAGAUCAUCAUCAUCUCCAGCCGGCGAAUCCCUAAAGGAGAAGAGCUGACCUAUGACUAUCAGUUUGAUUUUGAGGACGAUCAGCACAAGAUCCCCUGUCACUGUGGAGCCUGGAACUGUAGGAAAUGGAUGAACUAAGAAGCUUUGAGGCUACCAGGCAGGGGAGUUCCCCCCACUCCCGCCUCCUCCCUGAAAGGGAUGAGGGGGAAGAGAGGUAGCAGCCAGAGCCAGGACCCAGGGCUGGGGCUGCCGGCUGACCGGAGCCCCUGGAGCAGGAGGCUUGGGUGGAGGACCCUAGGCCAAGCCUACCCUGGGCACCAGGGACAACCUUCUUCCCUGCCACCGGCCCUUAGGCUGGCAUCUGCCCCCAGUUCCAGGAGGGGACAGGCAGAAGCAGCCGCUGGGCAUCUCAGGUUUGAGGGGGCUAUAUGGGCCGGGACUACCCAGAAGUGUCAGGGAGCAGGGAGGGGUGUGCGGCGGGCCUCAGCCCUGCUGCCUCCACUGACCUCGCUGGCCCAACUCAAGGCUGCAAAGAGACUUGACUAAGCUUGACAAUCCCAAAGGCCGGGUCCCACACCUGGCCCUGCCUGCCGGGUCCUGCCCCUACCCUCACCCCCAUCCCCUUCCUCUCUAUCUGUCUCUGUCUCCCUCUUUUCCUCUGUGUUUCUGUCUCUCUAUGGGUUGUGUUUCCUUGUUUUCCACUCUGACAAAUGCAACAUGACGGGAAAGAGGCAUCCAGAUGCCCAGGAGGGCAAGCCGGGCACUCCGGGCACGCCGGGCAAGGAGACCCCGCACCCACACCUACCUCAUUUAAGUGUUGGAUUUUUUGCUGUUUUGAAAUGUGAGACCCUCUCCGAGCCCCCUACUGCCCCGACUCUCUCCCCCACCUCACUGCCCUCAUCUAGUGGGUGGAAGGGGGGUAGGAGAAGGACAACAACAACAAUAACAACAACAAAAAUCCAUCUUUGUUUUUAAUUAUGGGCGUGGGAUGGCGGCUGAGGUGAAUGGUGAUGAAGACUGGGCUGACUGGUCCCUAGUUGCUCUAAGACCUCCUUCUCCAUCUGGACAUGGAGGCUGGAGGGGUGUGCUAAAUCUAGGACCAGGAUCUCGCUCUCCUGUUUUCCCAGCCUCAUCCUGAGCCCAUCUGCCCUCCAGCCCCUGGACGGGGUGUGGGGGGUAGGGUGAGGGCUAUCCCUGAGUGGCAUGCCUGUACCCCAUGAGGCAGGGUGUGGCCCAGAGCUCUCACUUGCCCUCAGUCACCAAACUGCUGCUGGUCUGGUGGGAAUGGGUGGUGAUGUGGGGGUGGGGAGCUUAGUGUCAGCGCGGGGAGGGUGGGGGGUAUUUAUCUAUUUAUACAUGGGAUUGUACAUAGUCUUGUGGGGCAUGGGGGAGCCGGCCGGAGGUGAGAACCCUCCCCUCUCCCCCUACCCCCGGGGAGAGAAAAUGUAAAACUACUAAUUUUUGUGCUUUAUAUAUUCUAUAUAAAUAUAUCUAUUUUCUUUUUACAAAACCAGUUUAUAAAUGGUAGGGGGGUGUGGGGCGGACACAUGGAGCUCCCCUUGUGGGGGGGCCCCCUCCACUACCCAACCUACCGCCCUUUCCUCCCCCCUCCCCACCCCCUGGCUGUGACUGCUGUAAGGUGGGGGUAUAGAGAGAAGCUGGGUGAUCUUUCCCCGGGGUGUAGAGUUGGACUAUGUUAUAACGCACAAAGUAAGCUGGCCCCAGGGGGCGCCAGAGGGUGACGGUCCCCUAUCUUCCAUUUCCCUUCCUUUCUGCCCAAGCUUGUGCUGCAGUUGAACCUCUUCCUGCGGGUGGGGGUAGGGUAGAGGGUGUGUGAGGCCUCAGACCCCUUCUCUGGUCGGGAGCCGAGGGGUGAAAUGAAGCUUGUACACAGUUCUCUCCUAGGGGCUGUGGGCAAAGGGCGUUCUGUAAUUAAUAUUUUCAAGAAUCAGAUUAUCUGGAUUGUAGAUGGGCUGGACUGUGGCAAUGGGCAGGCCUGCUGGAGGGCGAGAGCGGUUGCUGUUGGGAUUUUAGGUUUUUGUUUUGUUUUGAAUUUAGGGGAUUGUGGAUCGAUGGGGGUAGGGAGAUUUUUUUCUUUUUUAUUUUUCCCCGGCCUUUUUUUUUUUUUUUUUUUUUUUUUUUAAAGCUGCUUCCUCAACUGUUUCAAGCUGCAAAUGUUUAUGAGAAUAACAACUCCCCCCCACACACACACUUCCACAGAAACCAUUGUAAUAAGAUCGGACAGUGGGAAAACUGGGCUUGCUGUCCCCAAAGCCACAGAGCUGAAAGGUGUAGGCAUUAGGUGGGGGGAGAUUGUCUCCUGUGAGUCGGGCUCUGGUUGGGGCUUGGGCCCUGGAACUGGGAAAGGAGAAGGGGCAGACUUUGUAAGCAUAUGCUAGGUAUCCAGUAGUCCUGUAGAAUUUAGUGAAGAAACCUUAUACAGUUUUUAAUUUUUAUAUAAACUAUAACUCAGACCCACGCUACAAGGUUGGAAUUUUGGUUGUUGUUGGUUUUUUUAAGUACCCCGCCUGUAUAAUUGCACCAAAAUCCCACCCCCAACCCCGCCCCCUGUGUUUGUAUUUUGGGUUGGUUUACACUUGCACAUACUCAAUUUUUCAGUUUCUCCCUUUUACCUUCUACCCUCACCUCCAGGACCCUCCCCCUUUUUAAAAAAAUAAAUCGCUGACAAGUGUGAAUCCAGUGAAGAACUUUAUUUUGUGUUGUGUGUAUCCUGUACAGCAAGGUUGGUCCUUCGUAACAACGGAUGAAAUGGUUCCCUUUUUUAAAGCGCUCUCUCUUCCUCCACCCCCAGCGCCCCUGUCCUUGGCAUGUUUUGUAUCAGCGAUCAUUCUGAACUGUACAUAAUUUAUGUUGCAAGAGGCAAAGGGCAAGUUUUGGAUUUUGCUUCUUCAAAGUUUGUUUUUAAACGAUAAAUAAAAAAAGAGAACAUUUUAA